CAUAUGUGCUGGGUACGCCCUGGCCGGUCUUACAUAUUAAAGCCCAGGAAGAGUAUUAGUUUUGGUUUGGUUUGGUUUACUGAGUCGGGAAAUUCGCAAUGGAAGUGGCAACCAAGAUUGCGGCUUUACCAAUCCCAGCGAGACCCAGGCCUUACUUGAACAUGUUGAGAGGGAGACGAAGGAAAUCCACUUUCCUGUCAGUGACGGACCUGACCCAGCAGCUCAGGUGGUGUGGUGGUGCCUUCGCCGUGUCGGCCAGGCAGCAGCGGAGGCCUAACUGUACGGCGGGCCAAGAGGAAGUUGCGGAAGAGAUGGGGGACGUAGGCCAGGCCGUGCUUGCCGCCUUCAAAUCGGGGGUUCCAAAGCCCAAGAACUCGAGGAUUUCAAGGGAAUUAGGAGGAACGGACGAGAGAAGAAGCGCAGGGGGAAGAACGGAGACAGCGCUAAGUGGAUCGGAUGUCCUGUUGGCAUUACAGAGGACGGCGGAGGCUGGGAAGGUCAAGGGCAGUAGGAAGCGGCGGAAAAAUGGACGAGGAGGAGUGGCACAAGAGGAGGAUGCCAUGGACUAUAGCAGCGUUCGUCCGUUGAACAUAAACAGGGAUUGGGGAGUUAAGUUAGACAACCUGGAGAGGCGUCUCCAGGAUCUUCUGCAAUUUUGACCUUUGAGAAUUGGGAGGCUUCGAGAAUUUCGGUGUUCAGACCCAUCUCUCAUUAGUAGUUAUUCAUCAGUUACUUCCUACCGCAAGGACAAAGACCAUGAAUCCAUGACCACGAUUCAAUCAAUUAGUAAAACCAAUGUAGACAUUGUUCACCUUCUUCCUUUUUUUUUUUUUUUCCCCUUUGAAAUUUGAAAUUGAUAUAGAUUAUAAACUGAAAGGAAAGAUGAAGAACUAAAUUGAUGGAUCAUAGAUGACCAUAUUGGCCUGGCAUGGCGUUGCUGUUGUAAGUUCUACUUCAUCUUCAACCAUCAUUAUUCAUUAAUCACUGAAAAGAAAAAGAAAAAGAAAAAGAAAAAAAAAGAUGCCCCUCCUUGGUCUGGAAUUUAUCA